AUGUCCAACAUGCAGGUUCCGGGGGACCUGGCGUAUGAACUCCCAGGCAGGUUUCCCAAACUGAAUGAGACCGGUGGCCACAGUAGACAGACAGCUCUGGUUACGCUGCAAGCAAAUCAGUGUAACGCUCUUGCACGGAUUCCGAAGGAUGGGGCAACCUCCAUUUAUCAACAAUUGAUGUCCGCUUGGCCAGUACUCCUGGCCGAGUACCUUGAUUCUUACAGUGUUUGCUUCGGCACUCUCGAAAGCGAAACUGGGUAUAACACCAUUGAGCAAUGGUCAGCGGUUGUACACCCAGGGCAGCCAAUCUCCCAAUCAGUUACUCUGGAGAAGGCGGGAGUAUUGUCGUUAACGCAAGACGCGCAAGAUGCUCCAUUCAACACUUAUCUGGCCCGGAAGGGAUCCACUGCCAGGAGCUCAUUCCCCACUUCGUCACACACCUGUGUACCCAUGGCCGGCGAUAUCACGCUCAUUGCGGACGACUCCUUAGCCACCCCAGGCAUAGAUUGCUAUUACACAGUCUCCUUCAUGAGUAGGAAACAGGCAGAGAAUGUUAUCACAGCGCUGGGCGCGGUGCUUGAUCAUCUAACAUCCAGCUCGCUCCUACCAUUGCGGGAGUUGACUUUGCCUCACCAUGACCACUAUAGACAGAUAGCGAGCUGGAACAAUCGGGCCCCGAAGAGACAAAAUGAUCAUUGUAUACAUUAUCUCUUUCAGCUGCAGUGUACGCAAACCCCGGGAGCACAGGCGGUGUGUGCCUGGGACGGGUGCUUCACGUAUCACGAGGUGGAUAUAUUGUCCACGAAACUCGCGGCGCGACUCAGAACACAUGGCAUCUCAGAAGAAUGCAUCGUCCCUAUUCUAGUUGAGAAGUCAAGAUGGGCUGUGGUAGGGAUCCUAGGUGUGCUCAAGGCAGGGGCAGCAUUUGUACUCUUGGACAUCUCUUACCCAGUCGCUCGCCUCCAGACCCUCUGCCAGGAUUUUGCGCCACGGGUAUUAAUCCGGUCGACAGGGGCACCUGCCGCAGACCUAACAGAAACCGUUAUUGUUGUCGGCGAUUCCAUGUUGGAUUGGGCGAUAUGCGAGCCACCACAGACUUCAGUAACCCCCCAGAAUGCGGCGUACAUAUCGUACACAUCUGGAUCAACAGGAAGACCGAAGGGCGUAAUCAUCGAGCACGGUUCAUUUUGCACAAAUGCCAUUGCGAUUAGUGGGCCUCAGAACAUGCGGAGAUCCUCUCGAGUUUUACAGUAUGCAUCCUUUGCGUUUGAUGUCAGCAUUCAAGAGUGCCUUUCGCCAUUGCUCCUUGGGGGCUGUACAUGUAUCCCGUCUGAAUCACAGCGAGUAAAUGAUCUGGAGAGUGCCUGUGCCGAACUUCAGGUCAAUUGGGCCGAGCUUACUCCCUCCGUUGCCAGGAUUUUGCAACCCAAUAAAGUCCCUUUAAUCAACACACUUGUUAUAGGAGGGGAGACUACAUCGUGGGCUAACAUCGCGAAAUGGGAUCGUCUCCACUUGAUUUCAGCCUAUGGUCCAGCUGAAUGCACCAUUGUAUCCACAGUCCAACCGUUACUGAAGUUUCCCGGAAAUAUUGGUCGGUCGUUCGGCGGCACAACCUGGAUUGUGGACAAGGAAAACUACCACCGCCUACUCCCUAUUGGGGCGGUUGGGGAACUAAUUAUCGGUGGGGCUAUUGUUGGACGAGGCUAUCUCAAUCGGCCGGCACAGACUGAGGCUGCAUUCAUUAAGAAUGCCGAUUGGAAGCGGUCCUUCGGCCUUGAAGACAGUUAUCGGUUGUACAGGACUGGUGAUUUAGCCAAGUACGAUGGAUAUGGGAAUAUCAUAUAUGUUGGAAGGAAGGAUACCCAGAUCAAGAUAAAUGGUCAGCGGGUUGAGCUGGGAGAAAUCGAACACCAUGCGCAAAUCUGCCUGAGAGACUUCGCCGUCUCGUGUGAGCUUAUCGCAUCCCAUACCCAGAGGCACCUCCUGGCCCUUUUUGUCGCACCGACCUGGAAGUUUGCCAAAUGCGUCUCCAUAAGCUCCUUACUCAUCGAACCAGACCAUGAAUUUCGACAACGAAUUUCGCCUGUAAAGACUCGCCUGCAAUCCACUCUUCCACGUCACAUGGUGCCUACGGCGUAUAUACCAAUGACGGAGAUCCCUCUUACACGCACCGGGAAAGUCGAUAGGAAGCUGCUACAAAGUGCUAUUGCCCAGCUAUCAGAUGCACAGAUGCGGAAAUACCGUUCUUUGCACACAGACCUUUCUAUCACGUUACCUAGGAAGCCACUUGAAGAACGAGUUCGAGAGCUGUUUGCGACAGUGCUUGAGUUGCGCCCAAAUGAUAUAGGGACGGAUCAAAGCUUCUUUGAAUUAGGUGGCGACUCUAUGGCUUCUAUAUCCCUGGUUAAGGAAGCUCGGAAGAAAGGGCUAGAUAUUACAGUGGCGGAGGUGUUUCAAUCCCAGACCAUCAGCGAUCUAGCGGCCAAAGUGCAGGACAUGCAAGGUCAGAAGGAUAGGUCAACGCCGCAGCCAUUCUCCCUCCUGAGUGACGAUAACUUACACCUCAUCACUGGAGCUGCAGAGCAGUGUAAACUGGAUCCUAGUGACAUUGAUGAUCUGUACCCUUGCACCCCAGUUCAAGAAGCAAUGAUAGGGAACACUGCAGUUGAUCCGAGUGCUUUCCAAGCCCGGUUUCUUUUCCGCCUCUCGCCUACUAUAGAUAUUUCUCGCUUGAGGCAUGCAUGGGACGUGGUCAUUGCUGCUCAUCCAAUCCUACGAACAAGGAUCGUCCAAAUUGACACACCUCGGGCACUUCAAGUUGUUGUCUCCCACAAGAAGGACAUGCCAUGGUGUUCCGUCGAACAAGUCCAAGAAUAUAGGCAACCACUCAUGUCACACGGUACGCCUCUCAUCCAUCUUGGCAUAGCCCGUGAACAAGGUAAAGAAUCACCACCAACAUUGAUCCUUUCAAUGCAUCAUGCCAUAUUCGACGGAUGGUCAUACGCAAUACUCCUAGAGGAAGUGGACUCCGCAUACCGUGGUCUAAAAGUCAGUCCGCAAUCUUUCUCACCAUUCAUUAGGUAUAUCUUGGCCCAAGACAUGGACACAGCCGAAAGGUUUUGGAAAUCUGAAUUCCAAAAUCUGAACAGCGCCGAAUUCCCUGUGCCAGCCCCGACGCGCAAUUACAAGGCCUCUAGAUCUGUUGCAAGGGUACGCUCCACCAUCCAAAUACCUACCUGGCCACGUGGAAGUUAUACCCCGUCUACAAUAAUUCGUCUCGCCUAUGCAAUGCUUAUCGCAUCGUACACCCACUCCAAUGAUGUUGUUUUUGGCAUCACCGUUAAUGGUCGCAACGCACCCGUCCCUCAAAUACACGAUCUAGAUGCACCAACCAUCGCCACCCUACCACUUCGCACCAUGCUUGAUUCCCACCGUAGCGUCGAGGAUACAUUGAUAGAGAUGCAAGAGCAUGCAACACGACUGAUUCCAUAUGAGCAGACUGGAUUGCGAUGGAUUAAAUCAUUUGGCCCUGAAGCAGUCCGUGCUUGUGCAUUCCAGAGCCUGCUGAUUAUCCAGCCGCCGACCUCCAGAAGUAUGCCAGAGCUUUUCAGGCAAUUACCCGUCACCGACGCGGAACAGAGCAAAUUUAGCACGCAUCCCCUAACACUUAUAUGUGAACUUUCCGAGCAUCCGACUCUAAAUGUUACUGCCAUGAUCGAUCCAGCAGUAAUCUCUCCGCAGCGGACCAAGGGGAUGUUGCAACAUUUUGAAGAUGUGAUCCAGCAGUUAAGCCACAAUCGUGAGCGACCAGUCAAUGGUAUUUCUUUUUGCCAACCAAUUACAUCUUCCCCCUUGUCUCAACCCAGCGUAACAUGCCAUCUUGAAGUCAUAGAGAAGAGGGCGCAAGAGAUUUUCAGUGGCGGUUCAGUAGCAGUUGCGGGAAUGGUUGUCGCCAAAGAUUCCUCCUCUGCGAUUCUCGCUGUCUUUGUUUGCGACAGUCGGAUAGGGUUCGACGCAUUAAAUGAGCCAAAGCCUUUCAGGACAGCAACUACGACUUAUCAGCAAAUCAUGUCCAGGUUGGGACAGCACUUACGGCAUAUUAUUCCAAGUACCUUGUCCCCGUAUCUUUGUCUCCCAGUAAGUAAUAUGCCACGAUGCCCCACCGGUCAACCGGACAGACAGGCACUAUGCAAUGCCGCAUCCAAGUUGUGCUGGGACCACCUCCGCGACUUUGCGUAUCCUGAUAAAAAGAAAGCCUCGCGUCCGAACCCCAUCCGACUAGCAAAGAUAUGUAGCAUGGUUGCCCUCGCACUAGGCUUGGACCAAGGGGAUAUAGGCCACGAAGAUGAUUUCUUCGACCUUGGUGGCGAUUCAGCCUCCGCCAUGCAGGUUGUCAUAUCGUGUAAGAGGGAAGGACUCUCCCUAACAGCUCAUGAUAUCUUUCAAGAAAGGAAAGUCGGCCUGAUUGCCUGCAAGCUGCAGCCUCUGGCUGCUGCUGAACCUUUGCGAAAGGGUACCAUAUCCCUACCCUUGAGUAAUUUCUUUUCUCAACAACACUUGACGCAGUAUACCGAUAUAGCGACUCUUGAGGCCGAUGUAAAAUCGAAGCUACGAAUACCCAGCAUGGAUGCUAUCGAGGAUGCAUACCCAUGCACGAGAGUACAUGGUGGCCUGCUCCGGACCCAAUCGCUUAGUGCAUUCAGCUAUGUCUCUCAGACUAUCUGGGAGGUAGUCACGGACAGACUUGACAAACCUAUAUGCCCAUUUCGCUUACGUGAUGCCUGGUUAGCUGUUGCGCGACGUCACCCUGGGCUUCGAACAGUUCUGGUCAAUAACUCUGGCCGUGAGCAAACGUGCGAAAAGAUACAUGUUGUGCUGCGCGGCAUGCCAUCACAUGUUCCUGUACUCUCAAGCGUGAGCGAGACCCUGGUGUACGAGUCAGAUUCGCAGAUCGGCAUUUCUGGGCCGCUGCCCUACUCUUUCACAAUUUACCAGACGAAGCCAGGCCGGGUCUUUUGUAAACUGCAAGGGCAUCAAGCAUUCUUGGAUGCGACUUCGGUAUCUGUAAUUUUAGAGGAGCUUGCGAACGCAUACGGAGGUAUAUUGCCUUCCACCGUGGGUCCGUCCUAUCGUUCUGCAGUCGAAUAUUUGAGUGAGACGCCCAGCAUUCGGAGUCUAGAGAGCUAUUGGGAGAAGAAGAUGGCAGCUGCAUUGCCAUGUAUUUUCCCCAAAUUGCACAGCGAAAAGGCCCGGCCAGAGGCGCUACGCAUUACCAGUGGCCAGAUUGGAGAUUCUACUCCUCUUCGUCAAUAUUGUUCUAGGAACGGCUUUACGUUAAGCAAUAUGUUUCAAGUCGCUUGGGGGCUUACGCUGCAAUUGUACACUGGACAAGACGACGUCUGCUUUGGGACACUCGUCACGGGGAGAGACCUUCCUCUCCCAGAUGUCCAUAAUACAGUUGGGUCCUUCUUCAAUGUCCUUCCCUGUCAGCUGCAACUGAGCGCCCCAACAUAUAUACUUGAAACCCUACAACAGAACCAAAUGGAAAUUGCGAACCGCUUAACACAUCAAUCCUGUUCUCUACAAGACCUUCUCCGGCUUUCAAAUCAUUUUGGCCAGGUAUUGUUUAAUACUUGCUUUUCUCUGGAAAAGCCAUUAUCGAACACACCAAGCGAUAACGGCAUUCGGUUCCAAGAGAUCAGUACGCUUGAACCAACAGAGUACGGCCUCUUCCUUGUCGUUAUUGAUAAAGGUGCAGAAUUUGAAGCGCGGCUUACCUAUUGGUCCUCACUUAUGACCGAGGAACAGGCUGCUGAAGUGCUCGGACGAUUUGUAGACUCCGCUUGCGCAAUUGCAGCAAAAUAA